AUGUCUUUCAAGACCGUCGCAACCGUUGCGAGUGCUUUCGCCUCCGCCGUCCUCGCCCACGGCACUGUCACCGGCAUCAAGGUCGACGGUGUCUACCAACCGGGUUACAGUAUCGACUCGUACUACGCCGCCCAAAACGGCCAGGAAAUUCCCAACAUCGCUGCUUGGUCCGCCGAAAACCUCGACAACGGCUUCGUUACCCCUGCUGAUUUCGGUACCUCGGACAUUGCCUGCCACAUCAAGGCUACUCCCGGCCACAGCUCUGUGUCCGUCAAAGCCGGCGGUUCCUGUGCUGGAAAGUGCACCGAGGCUGACCCUGCUACUUUGAAGUGGGUCAAGAUUGAUGCUGCUGGUCUUGAUGGAACUUGGGCUGCUGCGGAUCUCAUCAAGAACAACAACACCUGGACUACUACUGUCCCUGAGACCCUGGCCGCUGGAAGCUACGUCUUCCGCCACGAGAUCAUCGCUCUUCAUGGCGCUGGAUCCAAGAACGGAGCUCAGAACUACCCUCAGUGCUUCAACAUUGACAUCACUGGUAAUGGUACCGACAGCCCAGAGGGUACUUUGACAACUGAACUCUACACCAAUUCUGAGCCUGGUAUUCUCUUUGACCCUUACAAGGGUGCCACCAAGUACGAGAUUCCUGGACCCGCGAUGUACAGCUCCGGCUCAACAAAGCCCAUCAUUCCUAGUGUCCCAUCCAACAACACCCUGCCCACUUCCACUCCUGCGCCUACACCCGUAGCCCCUACCAGCUUGGUCACUUCGAUAGCUACCCCUACCGCCCAGGCUUCCUCCGUUGCUACUAAGCCUGCUGGUUGUGGCGCCAAGAAGGCGCGUCGUCACGCUCGCCACUUUUAA